AGACUUCACUCUCCCGAUAAAGGCUCUAAAUUUACCGGCCCGCUGGUUACUAGUGCAAUAGUUACCCAUAUUCAGAUAAUGUAGUAAUUGAUUUUUCAUAUGAUUCCCAGACAUAGCCAAUCUGUUUGGCGUAAGGAGGGGGUAAUCAUUAAAGGAUAUCAUAUUUGAUUUCAGGAGAUACAGUUUAAUCUACAUGUGACUGAAUCAGUUCUUUUCGAUUUAUUGGUAUACCUACUUGGAUUAAAAAUCAGCCUUCAAUAUUACGAUAGUAUGUGGAGGUGUAUAUUAUUAUUUACAAGAUAAUGGCAGAGUUUGGCCGACUCGCAGAUUAAAACCAAAUUAAAUCCACUCGGGCAAUGGAGAUUAUACCUACCAGUAAAUUGACCAAUACGGAAUGGUGUGAUGAACGGAUAGUAUCUAAUGCUAGGGGAGGUCACCUUCCAGGUGAUGUAUAGAUUAGAAUGAAUAAAACAAAUGGAAAAGGGAGAAAUGAGGAAACCGUCUGGGCGGGGCCAGCAGGAUGGGACAAGGAAACUUUCUGGACGAGUCAAACGUGAAAGUAGUAAGAAAGGUUUGGGCCCAGGUCGAGUUGUUUGUUGGGGAUGUAAUGAGUUUGGUCAGAAUUCCAGUCAAAUGAAGAAAGAUGUGGCCUUCAAAGAUGGACUCCUGAGUAAUUUCAGCAAUGAUCUUGGAGGUCGAGUGAAGUUGGCCGCAUGUGGUGCCAGUCACACCCUUGUUGUUACAGAUUCUAAUGAAAUUUACACCUGGGGGAACGGCAACAGUGGACAACUUGGGAAUUGGGACACCAGCAGCAGCUGUGAGCCGAUGCGAGUGGAGUUGUUGGGUAAAGCACUGGAUACUGGGGUGUCUGAUCGUCUCCAGGUGAUCCAGAACAAGCUGGCCCAGAGGACAAGUCGCCCAGAAGUGCUGGAUGUAGCCUGUGGAGGACGCCACUCAAUGGUUGUACUUAGUAAUGGCCAAGUGUACAGCUUUGGAAACAACUUUUAUGCUCAACUUGGCUACAACUUCAGAGAGAAAACCUAUAAAGAAAAUCAGGGUCGGUUGUUACCUCCCUUACCAAAAUUGCCUAGGUUGCCAGGGGAAAUGACCACAAGAGUGAAAGACCAGAAGUCCAAUCAUAGUCAGACUCGACCAUACCUGCUGAAGUCCCUGAUUGGUAGACCAGUGUCUUCUGUAGCUUGUGGGGACAAACACUCCAUCUUCAGAUUUCAGUCUGGCUCCAUUGCCUGUGUAGGAUGCAAUGCCAAUGGUCAGAUAGGGACAGGUGAUAGAGAGGAAGCCUUGGUACCAAAGAUGCUUGAUAUGUCUGGUCCAAUCACACAGGUGGCAUGUGGCUCUAACCACAGUCUGGCUAUCUCAGACAUUGGCGAGUUGUAUGUCUGGGGAUAUGGAAAAGCCUGCGGUAGUAAGUCCUCGGAUGUAUUGUCACCCCUCCUUAUGUCAGCUGGGAGGAGCAGGGUCACAACGGUUGUAGGAGGGAUGUGCCACAGCAUGGCUCUUACAGCCUCGGGAAACAUCUACACCUGGGGAUCUGGAGUGGACGGACAGCUAGGACAAGGUGAUGAAGUUUUGUUUCUGUCGGAACCACAGCGACUAAAACAUAGCCAACUUAGAGGGAAAAUCAGUCAAAUCUCGUGUGGAGAGUCCUUCUCAGCUGCUGUCACAGAAAAUGGCCGUCUGUAUAUGUGGGGUAAGAACAGUCACACUAUUUGUCCAGAGGAAGCAUCCGGUCAACGUGUUUGGGAGCCGCAUUGUGUGAACUCCAGGAGUCAUUCAGUACAGUUUGUUACCUGUGGGUCGUGGCAUGCAGUUAGCAUCACUGGUUCACCAGAGAUUAUAAAGAGAGACCGUGCUGACCUGUCGGAGUGUUCUAAUUCAGUGUGUUUCGAUAAUUUUGAGGAGGACUUCGAUGAUUGUGGUUCCAUAGACACAGCUGUAAGCAAACAUCAGGACCUGUGUAUAGAGACCACAGAUGAGCUGGGAGUGUAUCUGCCCAGUCUGAAUCUGAGGCGGGAUAUGACCACAUUGGACAGGGACAAGACAAAACUUAGUCUAGCAGAAUUUUAUGCACCGACCCCAGACAUCCCUCAGGAACCAAUGCAGGAGGAUGAGGAAACAGAAUUGGUCAUGAACGGCACUGGUGUACCUGAGAGUGCACGAUCCACCAAGCUGGUCGUUCAGGUCCCUAUAAACAGCCCAAAAAAAGAGAUGGCCACUCAGCGAGACGUAGCCACCUCACCUAUCCCCUUCAGCAGCACCGAGUCGGAGAGUGCCGCCCAGGAAUAUGUUAGUCCCGCACCUACAAAGGUGGAUAGUGAGCAGGCAGUUCCACAUGAAUUGUCAGAAAGUCAAGAAGCUCAGGAGAACCGUGAAUUCCGUGCCAAGAUACAGAAAACUUACAACAGGGAAGACAUGACAAAACUAUUCCUUAACUACGAUCGUCAGAAAACAUGUGGUAUAAAACAUCCAACUACUGUUGUACAAAUUAGUCGAACUUCUGCAGAUAGUUUUAUGCUUCCUAGAGAAAAUACGUCUUUUACUAGUAAACAAAUUGAUUUUGCCGAAAUCGAACAUUUUAGAUCUAGAGGUAAUAAUAAAUCUCAUGAAAAGUUGCUCAUUCAAGGGAAGUCGGCGACAGAUGGGGGAGUAGUUAGAAUGUUGGAAUCCUCCUACACUGGUAGGUCAUACCCUGAGGAGGGAACAAGUAGAUUGCAAUUCAUAGAUAACUCAUACUCGCCUUAUAGUCGAGGAGGCAACAGUUUCCAUCAUAAAUUCCCUGACGGACGACUCAUGGACAGUCCGUCUCUCCGGUCAGGGCGUCAUAGUGAGACCACAAUCAUCAACCUAUCACAGUUUGAGCGGGCUGCCAGUAAUUAUGCAAUGUUGGUGUCUCGUGCCUCUGAAAGUUCUCUCGCUGACUAUGCACGGAGUUGGGCUGCACCGGAGACUUCUGACGAUACUCGGCCAUCCAGGUCCAAGAACCAUGUCAGACCUCCACAGCCAUCUAACAGUAUUCCAAAUAAGAACAACGAUGCUAACUUUGGGAACCACAAGAUAUCUAGCUUUAUUCGCCGACGGAAGUUACAGAUAUCCAGGUCAGACACUGUGGUAGCUCCAGUUAAAAAUCCUGCCAAACCUUCCAGUAACAAGGUCAAGGACAUGCAGAGAUAUGCCAAGGUCCACAAUCCUCAGGGAACGUCCUUCAAACAGGACAGUAGAGUACGCCUCGGUCAGUCAUUCCAGCGUAAGGUCAGCAUUCCUGCUAGUCGUGCUUACCUUGCUAACGAGGAACCUGUUGACGGUCUUUGUGUCAAAGGUCAGACAGGAUCAUCAAGGAGAAAUCCUAUGUAUUCUAGUGCUUCUUGUUGGAGAGACAAGACAGAUAUGGACAAAGUAAAAGCCAUGAAUGGUCAAAACUCCUCUCUAGCCUCGGAUCACUCAUCUCCUUCGCGAGGCACCCCCGAGUCCCACAGGGAGGCUGAGGAAGGAGUGACACCUGUUGUUGAACAACAUGGGGAGACAAUUCAAAAGGAUAAUAGUAAAGGUACUAAUGUUCUCAAAGAGAACAAUAAUAAAAUGCAAUAUAAACCUACGGACAAAUUUCGGCGUGGGAAACUAGUUGCGGCAAGGAGCCAAAGUUGUGAUGACAAUAGUACUGUGAUGUUGAAAAUAGAACCUAGUGGAGUAACUGUCGGUACCAAGGAUAGUGGGGUAUCACAAGUGAGGUAGAGCCUGGACUCGCCAAAACGUACAGGACGUUCACGGUGUCAGUCGGCACAGUGCUCAGGUGUUGAUAUUUACCUUAAACGAUGUGUUAACCUCUCUAAUCAGAAGACAAUGGGGCAUUUUUGAAGAAAGUCUUCAAAGUUGUCUUGCUUCAUUACCUGGUGUGAAAUAAUUGUAAUACAAAGUGUUCUUCCUGAGAUAUUCAUUGGUUACCAACUUACAAGGUAAUUUGUUCCUUGAACUGUACAUGACUUCAUAAAUCAGUCCGUGUAAUUUUACCAAUAAGCAGUAUAUGAAAUCAGAUUAAUGCAACUAUUUUGAAACAUGGAUACCCUCUUCCACCACCAUCUUCGAGGACACUCUAGCUCUGGAGUAGGUACAUUUUAAGGCCCUAUCUUACCCAAUCACCUAGUGAUUAAUACAAGUUUGGGAUAAAACUUGAUUUAUGAUUAUGGUAGUAUAGUUACAGUAAACAAUUUUAAAAGAUUAUUUAUAGACGGUCAUGCAAGCUUGUGACUAAAUGAAAAUUUCAGGAAGAACAUUCUUGGCUCGCAUAUCUAAUGUAUAAUCUUGCCAUGUAAACAUACAGCUUAUAUUGACAUGAGUGGGUUGCUGUUUUCAAUGUUAGUUUUGAAUUGGUGGCAGUGCCAGCCAUUUACUCAUCAAUCCUAAUAGAGUGCUGUUUCUUAUACUAAGUAUAUAAAUACAUACAAAUAUUGUCACUAUAAUUGUGAUGGUUUCAUCAAAAUUCAUGUCAUUUGCAUGGAAAUACAUGUGAAAGUUUUUAAUUUAUUCAUAAAGAAGAAUUGCUAUUUGCCCAAAAGUAUACCUUCAACACGAAGCCCAUUUUCACUUGGAUACCAAUACUGAUGAUAUCAGUAUCUGACCAGUUUUGACCACUUUGCCAACUGUGAUAUGAAUUUAUCUUUUCAUUAAACUACUGAUGCCAAAGACUUGGAACUAUCACUUUUUGUUACUAUUUGCAGAUAUACCAAUUUUUGAAUACCAGAUUUUUUUUUAAAAAUUUCCAUUUUCUCCUCGGUUGUCAGAAUUUAUUUUAAAAUAUUCCUCCCAAUUAAUGAUGAGGCUUUUGAUUUGCCAAAUGUUUAGUGACUCUUAAAGAUUUAUAAAGCUUUGAAGCUCUUUUGGCUCGAAUUCAGAGUGCAUAUAUGUUCUUAGGAAACUUGUAAAUUUAGAUAAAUUAUAAUUCAUAUUGUUUUUAUACACUGACACAGUCUAGUUCCAAUAUUUCUCCAUUUACCUGUACCUUAGCUUGUUUAGAGAGAAAAAUGAUAUCUUUGGGGGAAUAUGAUAUUUAUAUAUAGAACAGCUAGGAGUCGAUAAAAUUGUACAUGCAGUCCUUUCCAUCCAGCUAUUUGAUGUAUUGAUGGACUAAUGACAGGCUGAAGGUACAUAUACUUCCUUUGUUAGUUUGACAUUACACCAUUUACGUAAUGAAUAGUCUAUGUUUUAGUCUGCAGAAUACAUUUGUCAUUGUUGAGACUUUAUGUAGGGAACUUGUAAGAUCAAUAUUUUCUGACCUUACUCAGAAAUAAAACUUUCAAUACACCAGUUAAAUACGUUACAGAGCAGAAUUGGAAAUUGUUGAUCAAGAUCUUUCUCUAGUUUUGUGUCGCACGUUCUUGAAGUAAGGAGAGAGUGCACUACAGGCAUCUACAGUGUCGCAGGAAUCUCUGUCUUUCUCUAAUGUUAGAGUGGGUAACUAUAGGACGUACCUGGGAAAAGUGUUCUGGUCAGAAUGAACUGUUAAUAUUUAUCAGUUAUGGACCUUUAGUGACGUCAAUAUGGUGUUAUAACAACCUGGUCGAAUUAGGUAUUGCCUUCUGUCAAUAUUUUAUAUUCUAGCAGGUUGUUACGACACCAUAUUGACUGAAUCAAAGGUCCUUAAUUUUUAUAUCGGAUAUGAAACUUGUUUCCAAACAGGUAGAAUUGCAUUAUAUUUAUCUUGAUAACAGGAAAUUUACAUUGGUGCAUUGUGGCAUCACAAUGACUUUUAACAUCAUAAACGCAAUAUUGACUAGGUGUUCUGAAAAUGGAAACAUCAGGCGAUAUCUCAAAAUUACUUCCAUAUGACCCAUGUUUUAGCAAAUGAGAAUGAAGGAAAAUUGGACCAUAUCUAGUAUCAAGGAAUAUUGCCUAGUAACAUAUGGUUUUACAUAGAGUUAAUAUAACGAGAAGUGUUGUUGAUAUAGGAGUUGGGUAGGAAACUAGAGACACUGCAUAAGAUUUUGUGUCAACUGAAAGAUUUCAAACAUUAGAGUUUGUAACAAAUGAUAUUUUAAAUCAAAAGAUGCACAAAGGUCUUAAUAUAAAUAUAAAAUCUACAUCUAUAUGUUACAUUAUGCAUAUAUGAUAUAAUAUUCCAGUGUUUAAUUAAUAAAGCUAAGAUACGAAGGGGGAAAAAAGAAGUGAAAUAAAAUCAAAAUGUUCUGGACAUGUUAGUGGAAACACUGCUAUUUUAUUUAUUUUUUUCCUAAGGGAUAUAUACGCCAGCCUGACAUAGGAUACAUAUUGGAAGGUUUAACAUAGGAGUUUUUGUAAGUGGAAAUAUUUCCUGAUAUAAGGUUUGAUAUGAACAGUAUAUCAAAAGAGAAGAGCUAACAUAGAUAGAAAAUAUAAUAAUGAUAUAAGAGUAAAUGUUGUCAACCUUAGAAGUGAAUAGUGUGGGAGCUAUUGUCUAACAAUGAAGUUUAUAUCCAGUGACAUUUCCUAACAUAAGGGUCUGAUUAAGGGCAAUACAGUCUAACAGAGGUUACAGGGAGGGGGAUUAUUUACCUAGCUUUGGUUUAAAUAAGAAAUUCUCUAACAUUGAAGUGUUGAUUUUGAAGGGGAUUAUUUGCCAAGCUUUGGUUUAAGUAAGUAAUUCUCUUAACAUUGAAGUGUUGAUAUGGAGGGGAUUAUUUACCUAGCUUUGGUUUAAUAUAAACGAAAGAAAUAUAAUGUACUCUAAAUUUGAGUGUUCAUAGGGAGGGGUAUUAUUUGCCUAGCUUUGGUUUAAGUAAGAAAUUCUCUAACAUUUAAGUGUUUAUAUAGAGGGGGAUGGCCUAACAUACUUGGUUGUUUAUAUAGAGGGGGAUGGCCUAACAUACUUGGUUUUUGAGAUAUGGUGGGGGAUGGCCUAACAUGGGUAUAAUUAUUUAUAUCUUGGUGCCAAAUGACAUUACAUAAUGCAGAUGUAUGUUAUUCUUCAAUGGUAUGAUUUAUAAACUGUAAAAUAUAUCUAUAAUAUAAUUCAAUAUUUCAACUGAACUCUUGAGAUAUUUCUGGGUAAUUAAAGACUAAUAUGCCACAGGUGUAAAGGUGCCAUUUUUCUGAUAUAUAGUAGCAAGGAUACAAACCUAAAUACACUUCAUGUAACUCUCGGGUAAUUAUGGACUAAGAAUUUAAAUAAUUUACACUCAGAACUGGACAAAAUAACUUGGCACGGAUUACAGAAAACUUAAAAUCAAAACCCCCUUUGGUACAUAUUAGGAUUACCACCUUUCUCACCCCAAGAUUUCAACAAUAGACAUUUAAUCAUUACAUCAAUUUGUGAUGAAAUACCAAAAUGUGGUUUGGUGAGUUUUACGCUUUUGAUACAAUAUGCAUGCAUGGAAAAACACUAUUUAUAGAUUUGUUUUAUGACGACUUACACCUCUAUAUAAUGUAUGUCUGUUAUGUUAUGUGUGAUAUUAGGUUUUGAUAUACCUUACAAGUAUUUGUUAAAUUGUAUUGAUGAACAGACUGUGAUAUAACUUUUAUAGAAAUAAAUAUUUAAAGUGUU